AUGGAGGCUGCCGAGGACGUCGUCAUCGUGGGCGCCGGACUGGCCGGCCUCGCGGCGGCUCUCGGACUACACAGGAAAGGGGUGAGCAGCCUGGUGCUGGAGUCGUCGCCGUCGCUGCGGGCGUCGGGGUUCGCCUUCACCACGUGGAAGAACGCCUUCCGGGCGCUGGACGCCCUCGGCGUGGGCGACAAGAUCCGGAGGCAGCACCUGCAGGCACAGACGCUACGUGUCAUGGCUUCUUCUACCGGAGAAAUCGCACAGGAGGUGGACCUCACGCAGCAGGGGAAACGAGGGCCCAACGAAAUCCGUUGCGUUAGGCGGGACUUGCUGCUGCAGGCCUUGGAGGAGGAGCUACCGAGAGGCACCAUCCGCUACUCCUCCAGGAUCGUGUCCAUCGAGGAGGACGGCGGCGUCAAGGUGCUGCAGCUAGCUGACAGUUCAGUCAUCAGAGCAAAGGUGCUCGUCGGGUGCGACGGGAUCAACUCGGUGGUGGCCAAAUGGCUCGGCCUCGCCACGCCGUCCUACUCGGGGCGCUCGGCGGCGAGAGGCUUUGCGCAUUACCCGGACGGCCACUGCUUCGAUCCCAAGUUCCUGCAGUUCAUCGGCAACGGCUUCCGCUCCGGCAUGCUGCCCUGCAACGAGAACGAAAUCUACUGGUUCUUCACCUGGACUCCUUCCGAGAACGACAAGGGCGUCGACGAGAGCGCGGCGAAGAUGAAGCAGUUCGUGCUGUCCAAGCUCCGGGGCUCCAAGGUGCCCGCGGAGGCGCUGGCGGUGAUCGACAGGAGCGAGAUGAGCGACGUCCUCGCCGCGCCGCUGCGGUUCCGGUCGCCGCUCUCGCUGGCCACCGCGAGCAUCGCCAGGGGCAACGUUUGCGUGGCCGGCGACGCGCUGCACCCGAUGACGCCGGACCUCGGCCAGGGCGGCUGCUCGGCGCUGGAGGACGGCGUCGUUCUUGCCCGAUGCCUCGGGGACGCCCUGCUGCUGCCUGCUGCCAAGGGCAAGGAUGAGGAGCGGGUCGAGGCGGCCUUGCGCGAGUACGCUUGGAUCAGGCGGUGGAGGAGCGUCGAGCUCGUCGCGACCGCCUACGCCGUGGGCUUCAUCCAGCAGAGUGACAGCGCCGUCGUCAGCUUCCUGCGGGACAGGUUCCUGUCGGGAGUGCUCGCACGAAGGCUACUGAAAAUGGCGGACUACGACUGCGGCACGCUCGCAAAUUAG